AAAAAAAAAAAAAACCAAUACGGGGGUGGAACCGUGGAAGUGGAGGAGACGUUGAAAGACGGAAAAGAAGAAAGAUGUCGUUAGUCGAUUACGCAUCUUCCGACGGCGAAGAAGAACAAGAAGACGCACCCAUCAAACAACCUCAACUUCAUCCUCAACCUUCCACCUCUGAUGACGCUCCUUCUCAACCUAAACCCCAAUCAAUCAAACCAUCGUCUCAUCAACCAUCAAAAGAUGUCUCACCUUCACCUAUUGGGAAUCUUCCGGAUGCUUCAUUGCUCUUAAGUUCUCCUAUCUCAUCUCAGCAAACUGGUAGUGAUCACUCUUCUCGAGUUGCUGCUGCUAUGGCUGAAAAUGCAUCACGCAAGAGAGAAGCGAACGGGUCAACUUCUUCAAAUAUCCGUGGAAAAAUUCCAAGAGGGAAUCUGCCACACACAAAGGAUAUUCCAGAUACUAGCAGUGGAUUGUUGAUGCCUCCCCAGCUUCGUGGCAGGAGCAAUGUUGUCACAGAAGAUAUCAACAAGCUUUUUGUUAGAAGAAACUCUCAAGGAAAGACGUAAGCUUUAUGGAGAGUUUAUGUCGUCAUGCCAUAGAAAGAUCCAAGCUUUCGAUGUUUAAGGGAUUAUCACGCCAUAUUUUCGUCAUAUCAAGGUCUGUCCCUUAUUGUUGUCUGCAAUAAUCAUAGAUUCAUAGGUCAUCUCUUCUCCCGUUGUAAGCUGACUUUUAUUUGCUUGAUUGCUUCUGAUGAAGAUACAGUUUGUACCAUAGCCAUGUAUUUUCUAGGUCUGGUCAAUGAUACAACAGAUUUUUGUAGAUUUAGUACACUGUAUUCUUCCCCUGCUCAUUGUUAAUUGUCGUCUGUUUAGGCUAAUAUUAUGCAUAAUUUUUGCUUGAUGUACUUCUGUAUAAGUCAUGACAUGUCCUAACUUGUUAAUGCUCCAUUGCUUUGUAAA